UGGCCAGGGCAACACCUGGCCCAGGUGAGCGAGGUGAGGAGCCAGGCUGAGACUGGAGCCCCCAAAGAGCCUCCACAGCAGCGAGUCCCCUCUCUUCCCCUGGAGGGCUCUGCACAGAUAAUGGCAUUACACCCACGCAGAGUUCGACUGAAACCCUGGCUAGUAGCUCAGGUGGACAGUGGUAUGUACCCAGGCCUUGUUUGGCUUAACAGAGAUGCUAAACGGUUUCAGAUCCCUUGGAAGCAUGCAACUCGACACAGCCCUCAGCAUGAGGAGGAGAACACAAUUUUUAAGGCCUGGGCUGUUGAAACAGGAAAGUAUCAGGAAGGAGUUGAUGAUCCUGAUCCUGCCAAAUGGAAAGCCCAGCUCCGAUGUGCACUCAACAAAAGCCGGGAGUUCAACUUGAUGUACGAUGGCACCAAAGAGGUGCCAAUGAAUCCUAUUAAAAUAUAUGAAGUGUGUGAUAUCCCACAGUCUCAAGGAGGAAUCAUUAAUCCAGGUUCUACUGGUUCAGCUCCAUGGGAUGAAAAGGAUAAUGACCCUGAUGAUGAUGAUGAGGAUGAAUUAAACCAGUCUCAGCAUGUACCUAUACAGGAUACCUUUCCAUUUCUUAAUAUCAAUGAUUCCCCAAUGGCACCUACUAGUGUGGAGACCUGUAGUCCUGAAGCUGUGUGGCCAAAAAAUGAGCCUGAAGAUAUAGAGAUGCCUAUGCCUCCCACACUUCCACCUCUGCAGCAUGAUAUGUUCAGCUCUCCCGAACUCUGGAUUAGUUCUCUUCCAAUGACAGAUCUUGAAAUUAAGUUUGAGUAUCGAGGCAAAGAGUUUGGACAGACAAUGACAGUGAGCAACCCUCAGGGGUGCAGACUUUUCUACGGAGAACUAGGACCUAUGCCAGAUCAAGAAGAACUCUUUGGUCCUAUUAAUUUGGAGCAAGUAAAGUUUCCAGGGCCAGAACAAAUCACCAAUGAAAAGCAAAAGCUCUUUACUAGCCGACUCCUUGAUGUCAUGGACAGAGGGCUAAUCCUAGAAGUCAGUGGUCAUGCUAUUUAUGCUAUCAGGCUUUGCCAGUGCAAAGUGUAUUGGUCUGGACCGUGUGCACCUUCCUCCACCACACCAAACUUAAUUGAAAGGCAAAAGAAAGUCAAGCUUUUCUGUUUAGAGACGUUUUUAAGUGAACUGAUUGCCCAUCAGAAAGGACAGAUUGCAAAACAUCCACCCUAUGAGAUAUACUUUUGUUUUGGGGAAGAAUGGCCAGAUGGAAAAUCAAAAGAGAGAAAACUGAUUGUUGUUCAGGUCAUUCCAGUUGUAGCUCGGAUGAUCUAUGAGAUGUUUUCUGGGGACUUCACCCGCUCCUUUGACAGUGGUAGUGUACGACUUCAGAUCUCUACACCUGAUAUCAAGGACAACAUUGUUUCUCAGCUGAAGCAACUCUACCGUCUGUUGCAGAAUCACCAAGAAGGCUGGCCAAUGCAACCACCAAACAUGCAGUUGACUCCACCUCUCACAGCACAGUAAUGAUCAGAUCUUGCCCAAAUGAGGAAUUGGCUGGAUUUGUAAACCGGAUACUGCAAUUCCAGCUCAAGAGGGUUUUUAAAGAAAAAUCAGUUAAUUGUAAACUACUCUUCUACUCUUUUACUAAGAAAAACUGAAAUGAGAAUGAAAUUCUAUAUCUAAUAUAAUCUUAUUUACUUUGUAAGAACUGUGUUGAAUUAACCCUCAUGCACUAGAAUGGGUGUCAAAAUCCCCUAGAGCAGUGAUUCCCAACCUUCUUAAUGCCGUGACCCUUUAAUACAGUUCCUCAUGUUGUGGUGACCCAAACCCAUGAAUUUUUUUUGUUGCUACUUCAUAACUGUAAUUAAAUAGGUGUUUUCCAAUGGUCUUAGGCGACCCCCAUGAAAGGGUCAUUUGACCCCCAAAGGGGUCCCGACCCACAGUUUGGGAACCACUGCCCUAGAGUCAUGUUUUGUUGCAGAACCCACAUGGGUCUUAUAUCUGCAUUGUAGGCAUUCUACAGCUGCAAACAGUGUUCCUCCACUUUAACCACUGGCACAACAUGCCCCAUGUUGUUUUGUUUUUGUCUUUUUUGCAAAUCACGAUGCAGCAAAGGAAAUGUAAUGUACUUUACUUAUCAGUAGGUUGGUCUCAUUUGGGGAAAAUCAACAUUUUGUCUAUUGGGAGUAUACUAGAAUUCACUGAUACAGGAAAAACUGCAUAGUACAAGAAGUAUUUAUACAUUAUUUAUCUGAUUUAUUUUACUUUUAUUCCACCACUUUUCUGACUAUGGAUGUUUGAGUGAAACACACUUGAUUCUGCAUACACAAACACUCUUUUGGACAUCAUUUCUUUAUACUGUAGAAUACAAUGGAAUUUUUUGUUGGGAUAAGAACAUACCUACAACUCCCAAUAUAAGUUUUUAUUUAUCCUAGUGCAUGAAUGUUAAUGCAUACAGAUAAGAAUACAUAUUUGGAUUUUUUUUAAAAUAAACUAACUAAUGUACAUAUAAGAAAGAAUGUUGAAUUAUAUCUUGCUUGCAUGUAACACAGCUGUGCUGCCUUUUUAUGUGAUCAGAGUUUAAAUGUUAUUUUUAAAGGAAAUUUUGAAAGCUUUUAACAUAACCACUUUAACUCUACUUUAUUCUUAUAUAUACUUUAUUCUAUGGGUAAUAUAGCUACAUUAUUACAUAAACCAAAUAUUUCUACUUUUAUAAAAUGCUUUUUUAAAAAAAAUACCCAGUAGUGCUGGCACAUAUCUGAUCAAUGCAAACAUUUUUGUCACCACUGUUAUAUAUUUUAAAUCUUCAAUAAAAUUGCUUUGCAAAAUUGUUAUUUGAA